AUGAAGUUACCAUACAUUGAUCUUUCUCUAAUCAAGGAGCAAACCGUUGGGAAGCUAGGAUUCCGGGCGACUACAUGUCUGGGUGCACUUGUAUGCUACGUCGCGCUUUGCAGAGGCCUGCGCUAUCUUCGGCGCGACAGGAAACAUGCCCAGCUGCCCUACAAGACCCGCGAGGACUUCCAGAAGAUGACCGCCGAGGACGCCUGGCAGAUCAUACGAUAUGUCCAAAGUCUUGAAUUCCCAUGGAUGAGUGGUAAAGCCCUAGCUUUUGCCUUGUUCAAGACUUAUGGCAUCCCUUCAAUCUCGAAACUACUUUGCGACACCCAGCAGCUUAGCAACGUUGAAUAUGCUGGACGACGCUAUACCGACACAAGUAUUCUCAUCAUCGAGUUUCUCGGCCACUCUCCCACUUCUGAGCGUGCUACUUCAGCGAUUGCCCGCAUGAAUUACCUCCAUAGCAGAUAUCAGAAGGCGAAGCUAAUCAGCAACGACGAUAUGCUCUACACGCUAUCACUCUUUGUUCUAGAAGUAGAAAGAUGGGUCCGACUAUACGAAUGGAGGACACUGACACCCAUGGAAAUCUGUGCAAUAGGAACACACUGGAAAGUAAUCGGCGACGCCAUGGAAAUCGACUACUCAGAACUCCGCCACGGACCCACCUCCUUCAAAGACGGCCUCGAAUUCUUCGAAGACAUGCGCGAAUGGGCCGACGUCUACGAGCGCCGCUGCAUGGUCCCCAACAAGCACAACCACCAACUCGCCGAAGAAACAACCCGCAUCCUCCUCGCCGACGUACCAGGCCCGUUCAGACUCUUCGGCAAGGACUGUGUGGCAGCGCUCAUGGACGAGAGAUUGAGACGUGCCAUGCUGUACGAUGAUCCGUCCCCGGCAUACCUCAAGACCAUCGAGUUCGUGUUCAGCGUGCGGAAACUGUUCAUGAAGUAUCUCAUCCCGCCUCGUCCGUAUGCUCUACGUUUCGACCCUACAUCAGAUGAACCCGAUCCGAAGACGGGGAGAUACUACAUGAGCCAAUACGACAGCGAGCCUUGGUAUGUAAAGGCGACAUUCUUCUCCCGCAAUUCUCCCCUGGCCUGGUUCCGCUGGGCUAUUGGCGGCCCUUACCCCGACGGCAAGAUGUACAAACCUGAAGGUUACAAGAUCUUUGAGAUUGGUCCUAAGAAGCUUGAAAAGUCUGGCUUGGGUGAGUGUGAGGCCACACGAGACCGGCUUCUGUCGGGCGAGAGGGGAAGAUGUCCGUUUGCGUUCUCGUGA